AAAGCCGAACAAUGAAUUCACAGACUAGUAUUAAUGGUGAUCCAGAAACGGCACCAAUUGCUGCUCCGCGUACCGCUGGCAGGGCAUCAUCGAUGAUGCGUUCAUUUGGAACACUUUUCGGUUCAAAUAACAGUGUGGAGAGGAGGCCGCCGUCACAGAAUGCCAACGAAAAUGGCUAUGUUGAAUUCGGAAUGCAAGAUCCUGACCGUAGCGGUCGAACAUUGGGUACAUUUGCGGGCGUCUUUAGUCCUGUGGCAUUAUCCAUGUUUAGUGCUUUGGUAUUUAUUCGUGUUGGUUUUAUUGUGGGCAAUGCCGGUCUAUAUGUAACACUUUUGCAAUUUGUAAUCGCCUACAUUAUAUUACUAUUCACAGUAGCUUCCGUAUGCGCAAUUUCCACCAAUGGUGCGAUCGAGGGCGGAGGUGUAUAUUUUAUGAUAAGUCGUACAUUGGGUCUUGAAUUUGGUGGCUCUAUUGGCACCCUAUUCUUUUUGGCCAAUGUGGUUGGUAGUGCUAUGGCCAUAUCGGGUUGUGUUGAAGGUAUUAUGAAUAACUUUGGGCCCGGUGGUUAUUUCUCCGGUGAAGCAGGUUUUUUACCCGAUGGCUCAUGGUGGCGUUUCCUAUUUUGUACUUUAAUAAAUACCUUAAUGCUGCUGGUAUGCCUUAUCGGAGCUUCACUGUUUGCCAAAACCUCGGUAUUAAUUUUGGGCAUUGUGACAGUGUGUUUGUUGGCCACCUACAUAAGCUUUUUGGCUGAAGGUCCAAAACUGGUUCCUACACCCGAUGAAAAUACCCUAUUACCGAAUACAACACAAUUAAUCUACACUGGCCUAAAUACCACAACGCUAACCAAUAAUUUAGGCGAAAGUUAUACCCAGGAUUAUACAUCGAAAGGAAAAAUGGUUGAUUUUGCAACAACAUUUGGUGUAUUGUUUGCUGGUGUUACGGGUAUUAUGGCUGGAGCUAAUAUGUCUGGAGAACUGAAAAGUCCAUCGAAAAGUAUUCCCUUGGGAACAUUAUCGGCCGUUGCAUUUACCUUCGUUUCCUAUGUUAUAUUAUCGUUCUUGAUGGCCUUCACGACACCUCACGAAACAAUGCAAAAUAAUUAUCUUUUCCUGUUAUACGUGAACUUUUGGCCACCAUUUACCGCAAUUGGUAUAUUGACAGCGACAUUUUCGACGGGUUUGAGUAAUUUAAUCGGUUCCAGUCGUAUUUUGGAGGCGUUGUCCAAAGAUCAGGUGUUUGGUUCAUUUUUAAAUUUCAUUCUAAAGGGUACAUGGAAAGGAAAUCCCAUUGCUGCGGUUGUUUCCAGUUGGGUAUUGGUGGAAUGUAUUCUGUUGAUUGGUUCAUUGAAUACGAUUGCCCAAAUUAAUUCGGUGUUGUUUAUGUUGUCAUAUUUGGCCACAAAUUUGGCUUGCUUGGGUAUUGAGUUGACGGGAGCACCCAAUUUCCGGCCAUUGUUUAAGUACUUCUCUUGGCACACCUGUCUGUUUGGUUUGAUCGGAACACUGGUGAUGAUGUUUGUCAUCAAUCCCAUUUAUGCUUCAUCAAGUAUUAUUUUGUGUUUAUUGUUGGUUAUUGCCCUGCAUCUGUUUUCGCCAGCUACACAGUCGGCACAAUGGGGUUCCAUUUCACAGGCUCUUAUGUUCCAUCAGGUCCGUAAAUAUUUGCUUAUGUUGGAUCCACGUAAAGAUCAUGUAAAAUUCUGGCGUCCCCAAAUGUUAUUGUUGGUUUCCUCACCACGUUCCUGUUGUCCUUUGGUUGACUUUGUCAAUGAUAUGAAAAAGAGUGGUCUGUACAUUAUUGGACACGUACGUGUGGGCAGCCACACCGAAAUUGAUGAUGAAACUUUGGAGGAUAAUAAACAGUGGUUAUCUUUUGUCGAUCACAUGCGUGUUAAGGCAUUUGCCGAAACUACGUUGGCCAAAUCGGUGCGUGAAGGUGUACAACAUUUGAUACGUCUAUCGGGUAUUGGUGCAAUGAAACCAAAUACCAUUGUUUUGGGAUUCUAUGAUAACGAAGCACCCAAAGAUUUCUUCCAAACUUCAACCUCGCCCUAUAAAACAGAUGGCUUUAAUACGGGUGAAAUGCAAAAUUUCCCCAUUCGACGUGAUGGCGAGGAGAAACACAUUGAUGUUACCGAAUAUGUAGAGAUUAUCAGUGAUAUUUUGCGCAUGAAGAAGAAUUUAUGUUUGUGCCGACAUUUCCAUCGUUUGGAUAAACAUUUUAUAUCAAAGAGCAAACAUGUAAAAUAUAUUGAUGUAUGGCCGAUAAAUGUUUUCGAUCCUAAAACUGAAAAUCCUUUCGAUGUUGUCUCUCUGUUCAUGAUGCAAUUGGCUGUAAUUAUGUUGGCUAAAUGGAAACAUUUGACAUUACGUGUAUUCUUGUGUGAAACCAAUGACACAAAUUCCACAGCACAAUUUGAUACUCAUGAUCCUAAUAUGCCACAAAUGGAAAUAUUCUCACGCAUGAAAUUGGAACAAUCACUUAAAUCGCUGAGAAUUAAUGCCCAAAUUAUGGAGAUUCAAGAAUGGGCACGUGAUACGGAAUUUACUCGCCACUCGCGUAUCUUGAAACAAUUUACACAAUCAGCUGAAGUCACCGGAGAAAGUGUUACGGAAGAUAAUAUCAAUCGUUCGUUGUUGUAUAUGCAAAGAGCAAAUCAAAUUAUUCGUGAACGUUCCGAUCAAACAGCAUUAUCGUUUAUAUAUUUGGCUGCACCACCACCAAUCGAUUCACCUAAUUUCCGAGAAAUCAGUGCCCGCUAUAUGGAAUUGUUGACAGAAUUGACAGCUGAAUUGCCGCCCACCAUUUUAGUGCAUGGCGUAAGUACGGUGACAUCAACAACGCUAUAAGCGUUCCACAU